AUGCGUACCACGCGCCCUCCUCGCGGUCCGAAGAAAGGCCAUCUGAGAGUGUUGCGAAAUCAACUUGCGGCGUUGGAAAGCCGACUGAACGAGCAGGAAAAGACGAGUCAAAGAGUCAUACAGCUACCAAGCUCUGGGAAUUGUAGCUGUAGCACGAACCGUCACAAAAGUACCGGGAGCACUAGCAGCAGCUAUGAUGAUGAAGAUCUUUUACAAGACGCUAUGGAUGACCUCAUCAUGCCGACGACGAUACCGAUGGGUUUGAAACCAACCGCACUCAAUGUCAAGGUUAAUCCUUUCGAUAUAGUGGCUCCUAUAGAGCCGAGUCUAGAUUGGACACUUAAUGAUCUUCCUGUGACUGAUUUAGCCCGACAGGACUUCCAAUUCAUGUAUCAGCGCGACUCCUUAUACCGUGACACGCGACAGAUGCUGGAAAGACUGGAUUCGGACGACACCAUAAUCGACCUAGCACAUAUCGAACAAGUACAGGCAUGGAUACUGCUGUCCACCUACGAGUUUAUGUUCAAUCGAUAUCAGCGAGGACUUGUCAGUGCUGGGCGCGCUUUUCGUUACAUUCAACUCAUGCGUCUAUAUGAAAUCGAUAGCACUGGCUCGGCAAUAAAGGAUAAGGAUUUUGUCGAAGCAGAGACUGGCCGACGAACGUUUUGGGUAGCAUAUAUGAUCGAUCGGUUUGUGAGUGUCAAGAAAGGGUUGCCUUUGACACUGAAUGAGCAAGAGAUAUUUACUCGACUCCCAGCCCCCGAGGACAAAUUUCAAAGCAGCCAGUCGGUCGUCAUGUCAUUCCUGUCCGAAGUCAUCGGCGUGACUGAUACUGGACAAAUCAGCUACAAAUUCUCCUGUCCUCUCACAGAAUGUGUCAUCGUCGCCACAAUAUGGGGCCGAAGUCUCAUGCACAAAAACAGCUCUCAGGUCAAAAAUGUCUAUGGCGACGCAACUUCAGAGUUCUGGGAGCGCCACCAAUGGCUAGACAAUACUCUUCGAACACACUUGCAGUCCCUAUCAUGGCGAGAACAAUCAAACUCAGGAUUGUCGGAUCCAAUGCUGAUAUUUGUCAUGCUGAUUACCACGACAAACAUCCUCUUUUUGAACAACCUAAUUCAGUCUCUUCCACCCGGGACAGAGCAGUGGAAUAGACUGGUCAUGGAGUAUAGACAGCUUUCACUAGCAACCACCAAGGAUAUCCGGCUGAUGGUCGAGGCUCUUACACAAUUGAAUCAUUUUCAGACGCAUCCCUUCAUGCCGAUUCCUCUCUCCCUCUGUGCCGAGUACAUCUUGGCAAAUCCCGAGAUGAACGAGUCCCUACGCCCGCAGCUACUUAAGAUACUAGACGUGCUGCACAGCUUAAUGACUGUAAACAAUCUCGCCCAAGCUUAUUAUCCCAUGCUAGAAUUGGAUGAGAUGUGUCUUGACUAUGUCAAUUUAUAG